AGGAGCGGAGCGGAGCGCGGCGCGGGCCCUCUUCCCGCCCGCCGCGCCCGGGCCAGGCCUCCCCUCGCUUCCCCAACCCUUCCCCCCCCUUCCCUCUCCGCCCCGCUCCUUCCGCAGCCGCCCCAUGCACGGCCGGCGCUGAGCCCCGCCUGCCCUUGCCCUGCCACCCUUCCCCGGCCCCGGCCCGCCCUGCUCCGGCCCCUGCCCGAGCUGCUCGGGUGGGUCGCCGCUGACCCUCCGCUUCCCCCCCCCUUUCCCAACCCCUUCCCGCCCGCCCCAGCCCUCACCCCCCGGAGGCGCCGGGCCCCUUGGAUGCCGCCGAGAUGGGCAAGGUGCUGUCCAAGAUCUUCGGUAACAAGGAGAUGCGGAUCUUGAUGCUGGGUCUGGACGCGGCCGGUAAAACCACCAUCCUGUAUAAACUGAAGCUGGGUCAGUCUGUCACCACCAUCCCCACCGUGGGCUUCAACGUGGAGACGGUUACUUAUAAAAAUGUCAAAUUCAACGUCUGGGAUGUAGGGGGCCAGGACAAGAUCCGUCCCCUCUGGAGGCACUACUACACGGGCACGCAGGGUUUGAUCUUUGUGGUGGACUGCGCCGAUCGCGACCGCAUCGACGAGGCCCGCCAGGAGCUCCACCGCAUUAUCAACGACAGGGAGAUGCGGGACGCCAUCAUCCUCAUCUUCGCCAACAAGCAGGACCUGCCUGAUGCCAUGAAACCCCAUGAAAUCCAGGAGAAACUGGGCCUGACCCGAAUCAGGGAUAGGAAUUGGUACGUGCAGCCCUCCUGUGCUACUACAGGGGAUGGACUCUAUGAAGGGCUGACAUGGUUAACAUCCAACUAUAAAUCCUAAUGAGAGAAUAACUAUUUAGUCUACAAAGAAUUAAAAAGAAAACAAAACAGAACAAAAACAAAAACAACAGAAAAAGAAAGAAAAAAACAAAAUAAAUAACCCACAUGGCUUUCCGGAAGAAUGAUUCUCUACUGAAAAGUAAAACAAAAGCAUCCAUAGGAUUACGAUCACCUUUCUCCAUUUCCCACCCUUUCCUUCUGCACACCUGACUGGAUUCCUGGGUUAACUCUUCUUGCUUGGCGUUAGGAUGCUCUAAUCUCCGAAUGUGACAUGAACACAAGCACUAGAUGCUAUGGCAGACUUCCAGGGGAAAGGCACAUUGUAGACUUGCUAAGUAACUUUUUUUUUUUGUCGUUUUCUUUGGUUUUUUUCCCUCUUUUGAUAGCCUUUAAGAUGGUUUGAUUAUUUUGGGGGAUGGCUGGGGGAGGGGGUAUUGUUUUCAGUGUAUGCUUUCUGGUUCUUUUGUUUUGUUUUUAAUUUUAUUUUGAAUUAUACAUUUUUUUUUCCCUUCUAUCACUUGCUGUAGAUUGCUACUUUUUUGCCUUCACGCAGAAUAUGUUGAUAGGUCUGUUUCAUCUUAGUAAACUGAAAAUUAUUGCUUAAAAAAA